AAGUUUAAUACAUAACUAUUUUAAAUGGAAGAGAGUGAAUUAAGGAAGCUCUUGCGAACUAAAAAUGGAUGUCGCAUUCCUGUUAUGCUACCAAUACCUGAUGUUGAUAAAGUCAAAGCAUUACCAUUUACCCCGUUACCACCCUACAACCGAAUCAAGGAAAAAAAAAAAAAAAUUAGACAAAUUUUAGAAGAGAAAGCGGCAGGUAGGAAGGUCACCGUUGCUCGUAUAUCAAUUGAACGAUAUGAACUCGAUAGAUUGGACAUAUCACAAGAAAGGCACAUAAAUGUGUUACGUGAAUGUGCUCAGAAUAUUCAACCUCCACCAAUGUUAAAAUCAUGGGAAAGGAUAAUAUGUAGCUUAAUUCCACUAAAAUUACGAAAUACUUAUCCCUCACUAAUGGAAGAACUUUUAAAUGAAAGCAAAGAUGAAUGGAAUCGGAACCUGCAUGAUUUGGCUGUGAAGACUGUAAUUCGUGAUGUCCCAGGAAUACCCCGGAAAAGAUAUGAAGAACCAUACUUUAAAUUUAACGGUGUUACUCCCAAUUAUCAUAAAAUGAUAAAAUUUCGUAAGAAACUAAAAUCUGGGUCUUUAUUACUUCAUCCAUUUAUACGACUUAUACUUGAAUCCUCGGAAAAAAUAUUUCCAGAAUUCAUAAUCGAUUUAUCAAAAUAUAGAACAAAAGGACCAUUAGACGUAGAUGAUUUUCAAGUUAAAAUAAUGGAAGAAAUAAAACGGUCUGAUUACUUGGUGUCUAGUACAUGGUAUUCUAUACUCGUUAACUGGCUAAAAAACCCGAGGUGUUUGAGGGGAAUGCAUCCAAAAAAAAUUAAAGAUUUUGUAAAAUGUGCAACAAAAAUGAUAUCUAUGCAGAUACAAGAAUUAAUGCGAAGAUCGAUAAACGCUAUAAUAGAAUCAUUAAAAGAUCCCGAAUCGGUACCCUUACUGAAUUUAGAAUUAGAUUUUAAUGGAGAAUUUCAUUAUGACCCAUCGCUCGACGAAAUGUAUAAUGUGUAUCACUCAAUCAUUAAUGCAAUUUCUAAUAUUGCACAAAGACUUAUGCCAAUUGAACAAUACAUUAAAAUACCCUACAAUCAUGAUGCUUUACCAGUGCAAUAUAACGCGUGGUUACAUAACAAUGGCCAUGAAAGAUUGCAAGUUCAACUAAAUAUUGUAUUUAAUCCACUGAAUGCAUAUUUAGACAAAUUAAGAGUUAAAUAUCAUAUGUUAUACGGUGAUGAAGCCAAAUUAAAACUAUUUAAAUUUAUUAAAGGAGCUAAAGAGUUUGAAGAGUCACAGGAAAGAAUAAUUUAUUUUCAAGGUAUUAAUUCUGAAAUAACAGCAAUUAUUGAAAACGAAUAUUUUAAUUGUGCAGUAGUUUGUCAAAGAAGAAUGAUAUCCGGAUUAAAAGAAAAAGCUACAGAAUUCGUAAAUGAUAUCAUUGCCGGCAUUGUAAAAACACACAUAGAUGAAAAUAAUAGCAUCUGCAAGGAGUUUGAAAUAAUUGCAGCCAAGGCUUUAAAAGAACCAGAAAAUGCAGCUGAGUUAGUUGAACAGGGUAUAUAUAUAUUACACGCAAAAUCUGUUUUGGUGGAAGAAUUAAAGGAAAGAAUUUUGAGACAAAUAAAUAUAAUUUCAAAUUUAUUAGAAAUGACGUCUCUAUCUCCAGAACAUGUAGCAUCUAAUACAAAAACUGUUAAUUGGAUAACAGACAUAAAACCUAUUUUUGAAAAGAAUGCUGCCUCAUAUGAAACCUUUAAAGCAGAAAUGGAAGAUAAUCUUUUAUCUAAAAUUGCAUAUAUAAAUAAAGAAGUUUUAGAAAUGACACCAUAUCUCGAACUAUUAGAUAAUAUGGACGAUAUUAAUCAUACUCUCGAGUAUUUGGAAUAUUUAAGAAAACUUGUUCAUCGUCUUGAAGAUUGUGAUAAUUUAGUUUCAUGGAUUAAUAAUGAAGAAACCACUUUUAAAUUUCCUAUAUCUAAUUAUCCAGAAUUAGAAGAAUUGAAAGAUUUUAUAAAACCUUUUCAUUGUCUUGUAUACUUGGUACAUAAAUGGAAACGUAGUUAUUAUACAUGGAUGGACGGUCCGUUUGAAUACUUAGAUCACGAACAAAUAGAACAAGAUCACGAUUACUAUUAUAAAGAAUUUUUAAAAUUGUCAAAGGCGUAUAAAGCUAAAAUUAAGCAACAAGUAUCGGAAGGGGUUGAGAAACGAUUUCAAGGUCUGGUAGAUGAUCCUGAUAUCAAUAACUUACCUGCACCGAUGAAGCUUUGUGCUCAAGCUAUAGCUGAAAUUAAGGAUUGGCGACCGAAUGUUCAAAUGGCUCACAUCAUGUGUAAUCCAGCGUUAGUACAGAGACAUUGGGAUGAAAUGUCAAAUAUUGCUGGAUUUGACUUAACACCUAAUGCUGGUACGUCAUUGAGAAAAAUUAUUAAUCUCAAUCUGUGGGACGAUCUUGAUCAGUACGAAAUUGUCAGCGUCGCAGCAACGAAAGAAUUAGCACUCAUAACAAAUUUGAAUAAGAUGAUGGCUGAAUGGGUUGAUAUUUGUUUUAAAACUAGUCCAUACAAAGAUACUGGAAUUCAUAUACUUACUGGCCUGGACGACAUACAAAGCGUUCUAGAUGAUCAUAUUGUGAAAACAAUCGGUAUGCGAGGUUGAGCAUUUGUAAAACCCUUUGAAUCUCAGGUAAGAGCAUGGUAUGAAAAGAUAACACGCGUUAACUUUACUAUAGACGAAUGGGGUAAAGUUCAAAGUCAAUGGCUUUAUUUGUUACCAAUAUUUUCAUCAAAAGACAUUGUUGCCCAAAUGCAAGAAGAAGGGGUAAUGUUUGUUGAAGUUAAUAAUAUUUAUCGUCGUUACAUGGGUUCUGUUGAUAAAGAUCCACAUGUGUUAGAAAUAGCCGGUGAAGCAGGUGUUCUGGAGUCUUUCAAAAUAGCUUCAAGUUUAUUGGAAAAAAUUAAUGAUGGUAUUAACAAUUAUUUAGAAAAGAAACGAUUAUUUUUUCCUAGAUUUUUCUUUCUAUCAAAUGAUGAAAUGUUAGAAAUUUUAUCUGAAACAAAAAAUCCUCUUAAAGUACAACCACAUCUAAAAAAAUGUUUUGAAGGUAUUAAUAGAUUAGUAUUUGAUCCUGAAUAUAAUAUAUCUGCUAUGAUAUCCAUGGAAGGAGAGCAAGUAGAGUUUUUAGAAACUAUCAGUGUAGCAGCGGCCAGAGGGUCUGUGGAAAAAUGGCUUAUUCAAGUUGAAGAUCAGAUGUUAAAAGCAGUUAAAUCAGAAACUGAGUUGUCGUACUACGAUUAUGCUAAUUUGAGCCGUGUAGACUGGAUAUUAUGUUGGGAAGGUAUGGUCGUUUUAGCGAUUUCUCAAAUUUAUUGGGCCGUUGAUGUUCAUGAAAGCUUAAAUACUCAUAAGUUGAGUGAAUUACAGGAAUUUCACAAAACAUUAACAAAACAACUUAACGAAACUGUUGCUGUUAUUCGAAGAUCUGACUUAUCUAAACUUAGUAGUAUAACAGUAAAAGCUUUAAUUGUAAUUGAUGUGCACGCUAAAGAUGUCAUACAAGAGCUUGUUGAAAAAAAUGUGACAGAAGUUACUGAUUUUCAAUGGUUAGCUCAGUUAAGAUACUACUGGGAAGAAGAAAGAGUUUUUGUUAAAAUAAUAAAUGCAGUUGUUAAUUAUGCGUAUGAAUAUUUGGGAAAUUCAGAUCGCUUAGUUAUAACACCGCUUACUGAUCGUUGUUACAGAACGUUAAUAGGGGCUUAUUACCUCCAUUUGAAUGGUGCGCCUGAAGGUCCAGCCGGAACUGGUAAAACGGAAACAACUAAGGAUUUGGCUAAAGCUCUGGCUGUUCAAUGUGUUGUUUUUAAUUGUUCUGAUGGCCUAGAUUAUAAAGCAAUGGGGAAGUUUUUUAAGGGCUUAGCUUCUUGUGGAGCUUGGGUUUGUUUCGAUGAGUUCAAUCGAAUUGAAGUUGAAGUUUUAUCAGUCAUUGCACAACAAAUACUGUGUAUAGUGCAAGCAGUCAGGCAGCACUUGGAAACAUUUGAUUUUGAAGGGACUAUGUUAAACUUAAAUCCCGCUUGCUACGUUUGCAUUACAAUGAAUCCAGGAUAUGCGGGAAGAUCUGAAUUACCUGAUAACCUAAAGGUAUUAUUUAGAACAGUCGCUAUGAUGGUUCCUGAUUAUGCAAUGAUAGGAGAAAUAUCAUUAUAUUCAUUUGGUUUUAUAGACGCUCGAAGUUUAUCGGUUAAAAUUGUUACAACCUAUCGUCUUUGUUCGGAGCAAUUAUCUUCUCAAAAUCAUUAUGAUUACGGUAUGCGUGCCGUUAAAACGGUUUUAUCUGCUGCAGGAAAUUUAAAAAGAAGCUUCCCUAACGAAAGUGAAAGUGUUUUAUUGCUCAGGUCAAUUACUGAUGUUAAUUUACCGAAAUUUUUAUCAUUUGAUGUUCCUCUGUUUGAAGGAAUAAUAUCGGACUUAUUCCCAGGAAUAACUUUGCCUAAACCGGAUUAUGAAAAUUUUUUAAAAGCCUGUAAUACUGUUUGCGAAAAAAAUAAUCUACAACCAAUAGACUGUUUUUUAUUAAAAGUUAUUCAAACAUAUGAAAUGAUGAUUGUGAGACAUGGUUUCAUGUUAGUAGGUGAUCCAUUUUCUGGAAAAUCUAUGACAUUAAAAGUUUUAUCUGAAGCUUUAACCUUAAUGGCUGAACGAAAUCAAUUAGGUGGUUGUGAGUGUACAUAUAAAGUUCUUAACCCAAAAGCAGUUACUAUGGGUCAACUAUAUGGGGCAUUUGAUCCCAUUUCAUAUGAAUGGACAGAUGGUAUUGUAGCUACUAUGUUUAGAGACUUUGCAUCAGAAGAUACCCCUGUAAGAAAAUGGAUAGUAUUCGAUGGACCUGUAGAUGCAGUAUGGAUAGAAAAUAUGAAUACUGUUUUAGAUGACAACAAAAAGCUUUGUUUAACUUCAGGUGAAGUGAUGGCAAUGUCAAAUGUGAUGUCAAUGAUUUUUGAAGUUAUGGAUCUAGCACAAGCUUCUCCUGCCACGGUGUCAAGGUGUGGUAUGAUUUAUAUGGAGUCCGCCUCAUUUGGUUUUGAACCAUUUUUUAAGUCAUGGUUAAAUACUCUUAACCCCGUUUGGUUAGAGGAAAAUGAAGAUUACAUUUUUAAUAUGUGUGCAUGGUUAUUUGAACCAUCAGUUUAUUUUGUUCGAAAACAGUGUAUUCAACUAGUUACUGCUGGUGAUGUUAACCUAAUAAUAAGCACUUUACGGCUUAUAGAAAUGUUGAUGGAUAAUGCCGUUGAAGGAGAAGAGGACACUAAGUACACUAGAACAUGGUUCUUAGCUUCAUUUAUGACAGCGUUGGUUUGGGGUAUUGGUGGGAUAUUAAAUACAGAUUCACGUGAUAGAUUUGACGAAUUCUUAAAAACGUAUUUCAGAGGGGAAAAUGGAAUCCCACCUGAGAUAGAAAAACUUGAUGUUUCAAUUCCUGGUGAAGGAUCGAUAAUAGAUCAUUUUUAUAUGUACAAGGGUAAAGGGUGUUGGAAACCUUGGCCAGAUGCUGUUAAAGCAGUCCAAGUGAAGGAGCAGAUUAAUUUAUUACAGACGAUAAUACCUACGUUAGAGACUGAAAAAUAUUUAUUUCUUUUAAAAUUGCACACAAAAUUUUCAAAACCUUUAUUAUUAAUAGGGCCUACUGGAACCGGUAAAAGUUUCUAUGUUCAAAAUUUUUUAAUGAGCGUUGAUUUGGAAAAAUUUACCCCAGGUUUUAUAACAUUUACGACAACAACUUCAGCAAAUCAAACUCAAGAUUUGGUUCUCUCCAAAUUAGUAAAACGAAGAAAAAACAAUUAUGGUCCUACAAAGGGUAAACAAGCUAUUAUCUUUAUUGAUGAUAUGAAUAUGCCUGCUAAAGAAGUAUAUGGCGCUCAGCCUGCUAUUGAAUUAUUAAGAUUGUAUUUCGAUCAAAAACAUUGGUAUGAUCUUAAAACUACAGAAAAGCUAUUUAUAUACGAUACCUUCUUUUAUGGAGCAAUCGGCCCAGUUGGUGGAAGCAGACAGUUAAUAUACCCAAGAAUGUUACGACAUUACAAUAUAUAUUCAAUCAAUGAGUUUUCAAAAGAAAGUAUGUCUAAAAUAUUUACAUCAUUGUUACAAUUAGGUUGGCGUAGAAAUGGAUUUGGUCAAGACACUCAACCUGUGAUAACAAAUAUAAUAGCUGCAACUAUGAAUAUAUAUGAUCAAGCUACGGAAGGUUUAAGACCAACACCUGCAAAAUCACAUUAUAUAUUUAAUUUACGCGACUUUUCAAGAGUUAUUCAAGGCUGUGCACUUUUACGGAGAGAAUCCGCUGAAAAUAAAAAAACAUUUACAAGAGUAUGGGUUCAUGAAAUAGUACGUGUUUUUUAUGAUAGACUAGUUGACGAAUCUGAUCGUUUAUGGUUCUUCAAUUUAUUACGAAAAUCAACACAAGACUUUAUGAAAGACACUUUUGAUUCAGCCUUGGAUACAUACCAAAACGAAAAAGGAGAAGUUACUCAAGAAAAUCUCAAAAAAAUGAUGUUUGGUUGUUACAUGGAUACAGAUAGCGUUGAAGGAGAACGAAAAUAUGAAGAAAUACCUUCAAAAGAGGUGUUUUUAAACAUAGCUAUAGCGAUGUUGGCGGAGUAUAAUACUAUGCAUAAGGCUAAGAUGACCAUUGUAUUAUUUGAUUAUGCUCUAGAACAUUUGUCGAAAAUAUGUAGACUACUAUCAAUGCCGUCGGGGAAUGCUUUACUUGUGGGAGUAGGAGGUUCUGGCCGUCAGUCACUUACUAGACUAGCCAGUACAAUUCUCGGUCAACAGGUGUUUCAACCAGAAAUAACUAAAUCUUAUAGUGUUAAAGAUUGGCGUGACGAUAUCAAAUUAGUAUUACGCGAAUCAGGUGGUUUGAACAAGGAUACAACAUUUUUAUUUACUGAAAAUCAAAUAAAAGAGGAAGUAUUUAUUCAAAACCUAGACAGCUUAUUAAAUUCAGGUGAAGUUCCUAAUCUGUACGGGUUAGAUGAAAUUCAGGAAAUUCUUGAAUUAGUUCGAUUAGCAGCUCAAGGAGGAAAUAGAAAUCUUGAUAUAAGUCCUUUGCAGAUUUUGUCUUUUUUUAUUGGUAGAUGUAAAGCCAAGUUACAUAUUGUUUUAUGUUUUAGUCCCAUUGGAAGUUCUUUUAGAACUAGAUUGCGACUUUACCCUUCUCUUGUAAAUUGUUGCACUAUUGAUUGGUUUGAUAGUUGGCCUGAAGAUGCAUUAGAAAUGGUAGCUCAUUACUAUAUGGUCAAAGUAAACGUACCCGAUAAAGUAAAGACUGCUGCGGUUGUUGCAUGUAAGCAAUUUCAUGUAGAUUCAAGAAUAGUGUCAAACGAUUUUUUUAAUCAAUUUGGUAGAAAGACUUAUAUAACAUCCGCAUCGUAUUUAAAUCUGAUUAAAUCAUUUACAAUAUUAACUAACAAAAAGCAAAGAGAGUUAAGAGCAGCUAAGUUAAGAUAUACAAAUGGUCUAGAUAAACUUGGCCAAGCAGCAGAUGCAGUAGCAAUUAUGCAACAUGAUUUAAAUGCUUUAAAACCGCAGUUAAUAGUUAUGGCCGCGAAAUCAGCAAAAAUGAUGGAAGAAAUAGCAGUCGAAACAGCUACUGCUGACAAAGCUGCAGCACAAGUAAGAGAAGAUCAAAAAGUUGCUAAUGUUCAGGCAGCAGCUGCGCAAGAACUUAAGAAAGAUUGCGAGGCCGAUUUAGCUUUAGCACUGCCUAUUUUAGAAGAUGCUAUUGCAGCUUUAAAUACUCUCAAGCCUGCUGAUAUAACUAUUGUCAAAUCUAUGAAGAAUCCCCCAGCCACCGUAAAACUAGUUAUGGCUGCUGUUUGUGUUAUGAAGGGAAUACCACCUGAUAAAAUACCUGAUCCUGAUAACCCAGGAAAAAAAAUUUUUGAUUACUGGGGACCUAGUAAAAGAAUUUUAGGAGACAUGGGUUUCUUGGACUCCCUUAAAAAUUUUGAUAAAGAUAAUAUACCAAUAGCUACAAUGCAAAAAAUUAGAAAAGAAUAUCUUUCUCACAAAGAUUUUAAGCCACACAUCAUAGCUAAAGCUUCUACAGCUGCUGAAGGUUUGUGUAAGUGGAUUAUUGCAAUGGAUAUGUAUGAUGCAGUGGCCAAAGUUGUAGCUCCAAAAAAAGCAAAGUUGGAAGCCGCUGAGAGAGAAUUUUCUGAAACAAUGGCUAUUUUGGAAGAAAAAAAAGCUACCGUUGCUAGAUUAGAAGCCAAACUAGCAGAAUUAAACGAAGCAUUGGAAGAAGCUAAUAUUAAAAAGAAAGCUUUAGAAGAUGAAGUGCAAUUAUGUGUUGAUAAAUUGUGUCGAGCAGAGAAACUUAUAGGUGGUCUUGGUGGCGAGAGGGUUAGAUGGACAUUAGCAGCUGAAAAUUUGCAACGUUUGUAUGACAAUCUGGCAGGUGACAUCCUUGUCUCUUGUGGUAUAAUUGCAUAUUUGGCACCGUAUACUUUGCCUAUUAGGAAUGCCGUAUUAGUUAAAUGGCGAGAUUUAAUUAUAAAGCUUGAAAUGCCACAUUCCGAACAAUUUAUUUUCAAAGAUAUUCUUGGAACGGAUAUUAAAAUACAAAAUUGGUGUAUUGCGGGAUUACCUUGGGAUUCAUUUUCCAUAGAUAACGCUGUCAUACAAGAUAAUUCGUUAAAAUGGUCUUUACUUGUUGAUCCACAAGGGCAAGCUAACAAAUGGAUUAAAACUAUGGAAAAAUCUAAUGAUCUGCAAGUUAUGAAAUUUACUGAUAGUAAUUACAUGAAAGUUAUAGAAACUUGUUUAGAGUACGGAAAACCUGCCCUAAUAGAUUGUAUAUUGGAAGAUAUAGAAGCUCCUUUAGAUCCAGUUUUAUUGAAGCUUACUUAUACACAAGGAGGAAAAGAAUUUAUAGCUUUAGGAGAAAAUAUUAUUGAGUAUCAUCCUCAUUUUAGACUGUAUAUGACAACAAAACUACGAAAUCCACACUAUUUACCUGAAGUUUUUAAUAAAGUAACUUUGAUUAAUUUCGCUCUUACGAAAGAUGGAUUAGAAGAUCAGUUACUUGGGAUAGUAGUUGCUAAAGAACGACCUGAUUUGCAAGAAAAACGUGAAAAAUUAAUUGUUCAAGGUGCAGCUAAUAGAGCAGCUUUAAAACAAGUAGAAGAUGAUAUAUUACGUACAUUACAAGAAUCGAAAGGAGAUAUAUUAGAAGACGAGACGGCUAUCGAAGUUUUAGAUUCUUCUAAAAUAUUAGCUAUUGAUAUAAUGAAGAAACAAGAAGCUUCCGUUGAGACUGAAAUCAUAAUUGAAAAAUUUAGGCUUGGUUAUAGACCUAUAGCAUCACAUUCGGCGGUCCUUUACUAUUGUGUUACUGAGUUACCAAAUGUGGACCCUAUGUAUCAAUACUCUUUGACUUGGUUCAUAAAUUUAUAUAUAAUUUCAAUUGAAAAUGCAAACAAGUCUAAAGAUUUAGAAAAACGGUUAAAAUUCUUAAAAGAAACAUUUACAUAUAAUUUAUAUAGCAACGUUUGUAGGUCAUUAUUUGAUAAGGAUAAACUGAUGUUUUCCUUUAUUAUGUGCUCUAAAAUGAUGUUAUCUACAGGUGAAAUGGACCACGAUGAGUAUAUUUUUCUUAUAACUGGAGGAAUAGCCGUAGAAAACUUGCUAAAAAAACCUAUUGACUGGUUGCCAGAUAAGGGUUGGGAUGAAAUUUGUCGCUUGAAUGACUUACCGUCAUUUAAAGUUUUUAAAGAUAGUUUUAUUACUACUAAAAAUAAAUGGAAAGAAGUAUACGAUGAUCUGGAACCUCAUCGAAAAACAUUUCCAGGUGGGUGGGAUGAAAAGUUAACUAACUUUCAAAAACUCUUGGUUGUAAGAGUUUUGAGACCAGAUAAGUUAACAUUCGCUAUUUCUGAUUUUGUAGAAAAACAGAUGGGCCAAAAAUACAUUACACCUCCACCGUUCGAUAUAGGUAAAUCAUUUGGAGAUUCAAACUGCUUAGCUCCUUUGAUAUUUAUUCUUUCCCCCGGUUCUGAUCCAAUGGGAGCUUUAAUUAAAUAUUGCGACAAAAUGGGUUAUAUUCACAGAUUUAAUUCGAUAUCCUUAGGUCAAGGUCAAGGUCCAAUUGCCAAAGCAAUGAUAGAAAAAGCCCAAUUAGAGGGUGGUUGGGUAUGUUUACAAAAUUGCCAUUUAGCAGUAUCCUGGUUACCUGUUUUAGAAAAAAUUGUUGAGGGUUUUGAUCUAACAAAUACUGAUCUAAGUUUUCGCUUAUGGCUCACCAGUUACCCGUCUGAUAAAUUUCCACAGUCUGUUUUGCAAGUAGGUGUUAAAAUGACAAAUGAGCCCCCAACGGGUCUUCAGCAUAAUUUAAAUAGAUCUUAUUUAUCAGAGCCAUUAAAAGAACCUGAGUUUUUUGAAGGUUGCCCCGGGAAAGAUAAACCUUUUAGUAAGCUUUUAUAUGGAAUUAGUUUUUUUCAUGCGGUUGUGCAAGAAAGAAAAAAGUUUGGUCCACUUGGCUGGAAUAUACAAUACGGUUUCAAUGAUUCUGAUUUCCAUAUAUCAGUAAUGCAACUGCAAAUGUUUUUAAAUCAAUACGAAGAAAUACAGUACGUUGCUAUAAAAUAUUUAACAGGAGAAUGUAAUUAUGGUGGUCGGGUGACUGACGAUUGGGACAGAAGACUAAUCGUUACUAUUUUAGAUAAUUAUGUCAAUUCCGGUGUUGUCAAUGAACCUAAUUAUUUAUUUUGUGAUUUAGGAUCACAAUACGGAUUACCACGUAGAUGCGAGUAUCAAGACUACCUAAAACACAUUGAAACAGUUCCUGUUAAUCCCCCACCCGAAGUAUUUGGAUUACAUAUGAAUGCAGGUAUAACUCGAGACUAUUCAAUUUCCGUCGCUUUAACUACUGCUUUGGUUUUAGUUGAAGGUACUACUAGUGGGGCUGAAGGUGGAAAUAUCGAAACCAUACUUACGCAAAUGGCUUCCGAAAUUUUAUCUAAAUUACCAUUAGCAUUUGACAUAGAACUGGCACAGAAGAGAUAUCCAGUAGAUUACAGUGAAUCAAUGAAUACAGUACUUAUUCAGGAAAUGCAACGUUUUAAUAAAUUAUUGAAUGAAAUCAGGAGCUCUCUCAUAGAUCUUCAAAAAGCAGUUAAAGGUGUUAUUGUUAUGUCUCCAGCGUUAGAUUUACAGUCCAAUGCUAUGUUAUUAGGCAAGAUACCAGACAAUUGGUCAAAGGUUUCCUACCCCAGCUUGAAACCGCUACCAAGUUAUGUUGCAGAUUUUAUUGAGCGAUUAGCAAUGUUAGAAAAUUGGUUUCAAAAAGGAAAACCACCUACAUUUUGGCUAUCAGGUUUUUUCUUUACUCAAGCAUUUCUUACUGGAUCUAUUCAAAAUUAUGCUCGUUCAAAAAAAAUUCCAAUAGAUUUGUUAAUAUUUGACUUUAAAGUUCUUCGCGUUGAUUGUGAACAAUUUCCGCCGGAUUACGGAGUAAAUGUUAAUGGCUUUUUUAUGGAUGGAGCUCGAUGGGAUCGGCAAACUUAUUCAAUUGGAGAACAAUUUCCGAAAGUUUUAAAUGAUACCAUGCCAGCUGUCUGGUUAUAUCCGAAAUUAAAACAGGAUUUUCAAGAGGGCAGCAGGUAUAAAUGCCCAUUAUAUAAAACCUUGGAGAGGAAAGGUGUAUUGGCAACAACUGGGCAUUCGUCUAAUUUUGUUUUAGCGUUCUAUUUACCUUCAGAUAAACCUACGGCUCAUUGGAUAAAACGUAGUGUAGCUCUCAUUCUUCAGUUAGAUAAUUGAAUUCUGUGUUUUCUCACUCGAUUAUUAUUUUAGUAAAACCUACGAAUUUCUCAAUUCGCGCUCUGACAUUGAUAAGCGUUGAAUGAUACCAAAAACUAUUAUGUAAUUCCUCAGGCUGUCAUUGAGAAUGAAAAAUAUUUUCAUAAAUAAAAUAAAAAAUGAUACAAUAUGUUCUUGAACAAAAGAUUAAACACAAUGCUUGAUUACAUAAAAACUAAGACAAACACACAAAAUGGUUUUUAAAAUGUUAUCUUAUGAUACAAUGCGUGUUAAGCUUUUUUAGGUUCUUAAUAGUAACUAAUUGACUUUCUAAUAAUGUUUUACCUAUAACCUGAAUAUGUA